AUGAUCUCCUGCGGGAAGAGCAAGCCGGGGCCGCUCUGCUGCACGGGCCAGGCUGCCGAGCCCCCCAGCUGCGACAGCAAGGGGCUCUGCGGCACCUGUGAGCGCCCCUGCUCCGUCACCGAGGAGGACAGCCAGCUCCUCGGGCUCUCCAGGGACGACCUCCCCAAGAGCAUGUCCGACUCCUCCGUCUCCUCCUACCACUCUGCCCUGUGCUCCGAGGGGACGGAGACCUUCCGCGACUGCCUGGAGUUUCUGGAAGAGGAGAGAGAGGACCGCUGGGCUCCGGGCGAUCCUGCCGCCAGCCCGGCUGGCACUCCCGGUAGUGGGGACGGCAGCCGCCCGCGGGAGGAGAAGACCCAACAGGUUCAGCUGUCAGUCACGGCUAAGAAUAGCACGGCUGCCGGGCACGGGGGCAGGAUGGGUCCCGGCCGAGGGGAACGGCAGCCCGCCGCCUCGGAGUACUCGGAUCAGCCGUCACCAUUCAGCGCGGAGGCACCCGGGGUGAUGUUCUGCAACGCGCACAAAGCAAGAAAGAGUGGCCGGGCCCCUGGGGCCGGCAAGGUGGCAUGCGCCCAGCGCGGCACCCUCAGCGACUCGGACGAGGCUGACAACGAGGUGCAGAAGCUCACAGCACGGUCCUUCCGGAGCCUCUCGGGCCCCCACGGCAGCUACCUUGACAUGUUCAGCUCGCACACCUCCUCCAGCCUCUCCAACUCCCUGUCGGAGGACAGCGGCGCCAUGAAGCGGUGGCCGACGUGCGGCGAGCCGCAGGGAGAGCUCCUCAGCAGCUUGCCGGGCAAGGAGCAGUUCGAGUGCGUCGACGUGGAGUUGGAGAGCAGUGACGCUAAGAAGGGCCACUGCAAAAAAAGGACUGUCCCCAAGCGCCAGAUCCAGCUCAAGAGGAAAGAGAGGAAGGAGGCGGGUUUCUUCCCCUGGGGCGACUGCUCGGCUCACCAGCCCCUGCCGCCACCCCGAAAGGAGCCCCUGGUGAAGGGCAGGGCCAUCAGCGACGAGUUCAGGAUAAACUACAAGCAGUUCAUGAAGACGGCCUCACUGGACGACGCCUACAGCAAAACCAGGAUGGCCUCUUGCCUGGUCAAAAACGUGCUGGCCAAAAAAAUGCAGUACGAGCAGAGGAUUAAGAUGGAGCAGAGCGCGCUGCGGGGCAGCUCAACUUCGUCGGGACCCUCGUCCGUGGGCACUGACCUGGCAGGCGAUGGCCUGGAGGGCAAGUCGAGCUCGCUCUCCAAGUCAGACUGCAGCUACUCGGCCGAGGACGUGCUGGGCCACCCGGGCGGCGAGCGGCCGGCGACUACCCGGCCCGCCAAGGGGGUGGUGCUCGACGAGCAGACCAGGGAAAGCGUCUGCAAGCUGAAGACCACUUUCAACGAGCUCAACGAGCGAAUGAGGUACCAGGAGGUGAUGCAGUGCCAGUGGCUCCCCGCCGUGGUGGCCGGCCCCACCGAGGAGUUGCCUGGCGGUGGCAGGGAGCCCACGGCGGAGAGGCAGGACUACAGGCGAGCACGCGCCCUGUUCGAAGCACAGCAGGGCACCAGGAAGGCACUGGAUGCUGCCCCAAAAUUUCAGAAACCGCAAAAGCCGUGGCCCAGCUUGAAGCAGCGAGCCAUCCGGCUGAGCAAGCCCAAAAUGAUCCCCUUCGAGCCGAAGGGCCUGGGGAUCCCUGAGGCGGCACCCCGGAGCGUCUUCACCACCAGGACGCAGGAGGUGAAGCUGGUCCCGCAGAGCUGGCGGGAGGAGAAGCUGCCAGCGGGUGGCUCUGAGGGGUGCCCCACAGUGGACGGGGCGCCCCAGGGGGCCCUGCCGGUCCCCCACCGGCCCCCCCCCACCUGCUCCCCAGAGGGGUCCCCCCAGCCUGGAAAUAAAGGGAAGGGGCAAAUCCCUCAGCCCCGGGAUGUCCGCAAGCUGGUGAAGAACACCUACAGCCUCUGCUUCAAGCCGGCAGGUACCCCGGCGCCCACCCCCCAAGGCAGGAGUGCCAGCGGCCCGAGUCCCUCAGCGGCGGAGCCCACCUCAGCCUCCCCCCUCUUCAUACACUGCACUUCGGUCUGCCGCAGAGAGCCUGUGCCAGCGAUGAGCCGCGCUCGUAAAAAAAGCCCACAACAGCCGGAGGACGGGGACGUGUUGACAGUUCCCGGCCGGGAGCCAGCCGAGGCACGUGCCGACGGCCCCGCAAAGCCUCCCGAAAGCCAGCGCUCGGUGGCGAGGGACUCCCCGAUGCACAUCACAAAAAUCCAGUCCACACGGAGGAUCGCCGGUGGGCAGGAGGGGUUGCCGGGCCGUGGCGGAGCCCCGCCGGCGCGCCGCGAGCGGAGCGAGCUGACCCUGCCGCCGGUGGCCAGGGCAGCCCCGCACCUGGAGUCUCACCUCCACGUCCAGGUGAGCCCGCCAUCGGAACGGGCGCUCGGCCCCCCAGCAGGUGCCAGCCCGGCCCCGUGGGGUGCUGCGCCACGCCAGGAUGAUGCCUCAGCUCAGGCUGCUCCCAGCUCCAUAGCGAGCAGCACGGUUCUGCUGACGGAGAAGACCAUCCUCUUCCCACCGCCAGCAAGUGCCACAGAGGAAGCCGAGGGACACCACGAUGGCGCAACCUCAGCCAAAGGGCCCAACCCACUGCUGCAGCAGCUCCUCAGCAGCGAGGGCGGUUUUGGGCCACCUGGAGCCAGCCCGGGGGCCAGCGGGGUCUCCGAACUGGGACCACCCCCCGGAGGCAGCACACACCUGCAACCCAUGAAACCAGCAGCAAUAAGCGCCCCGAAGCCAUUCACAAAGGAGCAUCUCGUGAGCAGCAUGGGUCCCCGGGAGGCCGAGCGGGAAAAGCCUGACGUGGUGAAGCAGCUGGGCAGCUGGGUGGUUUCAGCAGGGACCAGCGUGUCUCCGGACAGUGUCAGCCCCACCGCCACGUUUCGAGCGAGGGAAGUCAGUGAAGAGGCCGGGGUGCCCAAAGGUCCUUCUGUCACCCCAGCACCACUCGUUGGCAGGCUGCCGGAGCGGAGGGAGAACUGGGAGCAUUUAACAAAGCAGCCGGGAGCCAAUGAACAGUAUUUUACAGCUACCCCAGUGGAGAAUACAAACUACUUAACAAUUCCUGUGAAAGCCCCCAAAUCCACCCCAGCACCCAAGCUGCCUUCAGUCCCCAACCUGGCCAGUGCGUCCUUUGGGACCCCCUUGGUCCCCAGCCGAGCUGGCACAUCCUUCGGGCACCCAUCAGCCUCCAACCUGGCCAGCACUUCCUUUGGGAACCCCUUGGUCGCCAGCCCAGCCAGCACAUCCUUCGGGACCCCCCUGGGCUCCCACCCAGCCGGCACAUCCUUUGGGCACCCAUCAGCCUCCAAACUGGCCAGCGCUUCCUUCGGAUCUCCCUUGGUCCCCAACCCACCCAGCACAUCCCUUGGGUCUCUCUUGGUGCCCAAACCAUCCAGCAUGUCCUUUGGGACCCCCUUGGUGCCCAAUCCAUCCAGUACAUCCUUUGGGAGCCCCUUGGUCACAAACCCAGUCCCCACUUCCCUUGGGCACCCAUCAGUCUCCAACCCAGUCAGCUCUUCAUUCAGGUCCCCUUUGGUCCCCAACCCAGCCACUGCUUCCUUUGGGUCCCCCUUGGUCUCCAGCCCAGCCAGCCCUCCAUCGGUGGGUGGUGCGUCCCUCCCACCUGGUGGGGAAGCCCCAGGGAGCAAACCCAGCCCUGAGCCGCAGGCCCCCGAAGGCCAGGCCACUGCAGAGCAACCGGGGGCCCAGCCCCAGCCUCGCCUCGACGACGCUCCCCAUUUCCCAAGGAGGACCGAUGGUGCGUCGACGAGCAGUAAGAGCACACCAAGCCCUACCAGGGCCUUUGCUCCCCAUCUAUCCACACAUCGAAAAAUGCUUGUCGAUCCUGACAGCGGGAAAUGCUAUUACAUGGAGCCACCGAGGCAGCCCCAGCUGAAAACGCUCUACGACCCUGAGACAGGGCAGUACCUCGAGGUACUGAUCCCACCAGUGCCCUUGGCAGCCCACGCUGGGCUCUACCAGGCUUCUUUCAACCCACUGCUCAUGACACCGGGGGUCUACGGGCCACCCUAUGUGCCCUACGCUGGCUUCCCGGGGCUCCCAGCACCCCUGUCGCCCGCCGCCACCUCCCCGGCACACCCCGACCUGCAGAGCCAGCCGUUGUUGGCCGAAAACACUGCCUUCCCCGCAGCCUUCAGCCCGGCUCCCAAGGGUGAGGGGCCCCCAGCUGCAGCGGGCCCCGACUGCGGCUACCUGGACAGCCUAUAUUACAUCCCCACGGGGAUGCGGGCCAGCCCCGGCCCCGGCCAGCCCUCCGCCAGUGGCAGCCCGGCCGGGCCCGAGAAGGGACCGCUGCUCCGGAUGUGACGGCCAGCGCCUCUGGGAUGGACGAGGCACGCUCGCUCCCAAGCGCCUGUGCUUUAAAACCUGACCCUGAUGCAAGGCAGCAUCUGUCCCCGAGCCAUGGCUGGAAACACCCCGGAGGGAGCAACUCCGUGCCCACGCCUGAGCUCUCAGCGCACCCAUGGGGGCACAGGCCACCGGCUGGACCUGACCGAUUUCUAAUAAGAACAGGGGAAAAAAAGGUAUUUUUCCAAUC